AUGACGAUCCUGCGCGUGAAAGAGAAGCUCAUGACGCACGUGGGCAGCAACGUCAGCACCAUGAACCUCUCGCUGAAAGAUUGGGACGGCGCCGUCAUGCUCGGAUACUACUCCCCCGAGGACGGGUGGACGAUCCACAUCACGGACACCGACGCGAACUCCGCGUCCGCGGGGGGAUGGCUCGAGGACACGAGCAAGUACAACGCGCGCGAGGGGACGUACCGCGCGUGGAAGAUGGAGCAGGCGGCGGAGGCGGCGACGUGCGGCGUCGGCGAUCGGUGCGAGGUCAACCCCGGGGGUAAGCGCGGCGAGGUCAUGUUCGUGGGGAAUAAGGUCGACGGCCUCCCGAAGGGGUGGUGGAUCGGCGUCAAGUUCGACGAGCCCGUGGGGAAGAACGACGGAUCCGUGAAGAAGAACGGCGUCCGACUUUUCGAGUGCGACGACGGCUACGGCUCGUUUCAGCGGCCGAGCAACGUGACGUGCGGGGACUACCCCGUCGUGGACGAGUUCGCGUUUUCGGACGAGGACGAAAUUUAA